CCAAUCUUUUUAUUUGGUGGAGAAAAAUAGGCAUUGUGAAAGAUUCGAAGCUAAUUUUGAGGGUUUCACAGCACUGGUCGAGAACAGAGAGGAAAAAUGCCGUGCCUUAACAUUUCGACAAACGUGAAUUUGGAGGGAGUUGAUACUUCCUCUAUUCUUUCUGAAGCUACCUCUUCUGUUGCCAAACUCAUCGGCAAACCAGAGGCCUAUGUCAUGAUUGUGUUGAAGGGAUCGGUUCCCAUGUCUUUUGGGGGUACAGAACAACCAGCUGCCUAUGGUGAGUUGGUCUCGAUUGGGGGCUUAAAUGCUGAUGUUAACAAGAAGCUCAGUGCUGCAAUUGCUGGCAUACUUGAGACUAAAUUGUCUAUCCCCAAAUCUCGAUUUUUCCUGAAAUUCUAUGAUACUAAGGGUUCCUUCUUUGGCUGGAAUGGAUCUACCUUCUGAAUUUCUAUUUCACAAUUGGUCAUCUUUGAGCCACUUAUGAACUGUAUGUAUGUGCUUGGAUCUGUAUUUGCCAAGUAACUUGAUACUAUAUCUUUUCUUGUAACUUGGAAUGAUGAAUGUCUGGUCCUUGUUGUGACCGAUGGAAUUAUCCUGCUUCUAAGCCCUAUAUUUGAUCUUGGAAACGUUGUCUUGAAUAGAAGGUUCGAGCUAUCAGCACUCUUAUGCAAUGACAUGAUAUCUUUAAAGGAAUAAAUUGUUUCUUGGAACUAAAGCAA